AUGAGUAUUACUGUUUAUGAUUUAACGAUUAUGCGGCUUAGUAAUAAUAAAAUAUUUAGUGUUCGCAGGGCAGGGCUAGGUUCAGAAUUGGAAUCAAAUAUAAAUCUUCCAGGAAGACGAGAAUCCCAGGAUGGACUCGAUAACGCAGACGCGGAUGCAGAAGAAAUUGCUGCACGCCGCGCAACAGAAUAUAUCGACGAUGAAGCAGAUGACUUGGAAGUAUGUCCGGAGUAUGAAGAAGAUAUGCAAACGGCUUUGCAAAUCGCUCACAAAGCAAAAGAAGAAUUACCAAAUUGCAAAGCGCUCGCACAGAAUGCGCCAGGAAAACUCAACAAGGCAACCGCUUUGACAUGUGAAAUUAUUGGAGUUGAACCUUUUCAAAAGGAUAUAUCGGAGGUUUCCGCAGAUGAAACCUUUCAAAAUUCUAAUGAAUUACACAACACGCAAGAAACUGAUCUUUACUUAUCUAAUGGAUUUUGGUAUUGGGAUUAUUAUCAACCUUGUGAUGAUUCCGAUGAUGAUGAUUAA